GCUGAGACAGAAAAAAAAUUCAACUUUAGCAAAAGUAAAAAUAACUAAUGUUACUUAGUUUAUUAAAUAAUACUUAAAAGGACAAAAGUACGAUGGACAAACUUGAAGACAUCGAGAGUUUUUUGAAGAAUGUUGACAAAAUAAGUGAGCUAGUGAAUGAUCUAAAGUGUUCUGAUGUAGAAGUCCAGCAAAAAGCAAUAAAGAAAGCUGAUUGCUACAUCGCUGCCUUGGAUGAACCUUGCAUGACAAAAGUCAACAAGACCACUAUCAACACAAGUCCACCUCUCCAGUCUUCUUUGAGCCUGCAGAAUGAAAGUCCAGAGAAUUUCAUGAAGAUUAUGGAGAGAGAUGCUGAAGACAGAAGAUUAAGGAGGGUUGCACAGGCGCAAAAGGCAACUGCACUCAAAGACAAGGGGAAUGAAGCGUACACUCAAGGAAACUAUGAAACUGCUGUGAAGUAUUACAGCGAUGGCUUGACUGAACUAAGGGACAUGCAGCCAUUGUACACCAACCGAGCCCAAACGUCUCAAGGCAACCUGAGGGGUUGCCAGCUAGGGACUUUAAUUUCAAUAUUAUGGUCACAUGCAAUUAAGUUAAUUGCUACAAUCAAUAUGUCCCCUUCCAAGGACACAGUCUGCUCUGUGGCCUACAUCAAGCUCGGAAAGUACAAGGAGGCCAUCAGUGACUGUGAAUGGGCACUAAAGUGUCAGGAGAGGUGUAUUAAGGCUUACCUACACAUGGGGAAAGCAUAUUUGGCAUUGAAGAAAUAUAAUGAGUCCAGAAACUGCUUUGAAAAGAUAGUGGAGAUUGAACCUGGGAGGGAGAAGAUGGUGAAAGAAUACCUGACCCAGGUAGAUUUGGAAGAAGAGAGAGAGAGUCAGGAGAUGAAUGCGAUGCAAGAGUUUGACAAGGGGCAUGGGAAGGCCACAAUAGUGCCGCAGCUGCUGGAGAAGCUGUCAAGGCCCGGCCAGAUGCCCCUCUACUACUGUGGAGGAUUGGAGAUUCUGUCACUAGCAGUUACUGACAGUACAGGCCAGACCCUUUUCAGACUGAACAAUGGCUUUAGUAUCAUCAGCAGCAAUGACACGAUGAGGAGUUGCCUGUUGCAGAAAACAAAGGAUCCAGACAGCCAGGAGUUGUGUGUGUCUGUUCUAAAAUUAUGGAGGGUAAUUUGUUGUGGAAAUGAGGAAAACCAGAAGAUGCUGAUGACAUGCCCAGUCACCAGACAGUCCAUUGUUGACUUGGUAACAUCAGAGCAUGUUGCAACACAGAAAGAAUGCCUGGCAUUACUUUGUUUGUAUUCACAGAUGCCACAAGGCAGACAUUUGGCUGCUGACAACUUGAAUGUGCCCAUACUAAUGAGGAACCUCAUGGCUUGCAUCUCAAAGCCAAAGCAGCGGCAGGAGAACGCAGCGGUCAACAUUCUGGAGAACCUUACAGCAGAAAACAAAUUUUGCAUUCAGUUAAGGAGUGUGUUGACAGACUAUUUCAUUGCACCAUUUACAACAAUACUGAGAAAUAUCAGCAAGUCCAAUCAGCAUAUCCUUCCAUCGCUGAUAUCGGCUGUUGGCAGUCUGGCUCGAGAUGACGUCAUCUGUCACAAUUUUGCUCAUGAUCCAGAGUGUUGGAAGGCCUUUCUGGUCGCCAUUAGGCAGUGCAGUGCAUGCGGAAACAAAGAGGUCCUUUACCCAAUGCUUGGUUUGAUCAUCAACCUUUCAACUAUCACUUCUCCAGUCAUUCAGGAGCAUGCUGUUUCCCUCUGUGACUGCUGUCUGGGCCUGCUGAGGGAUAGUGAUGGAGGAGUCAUAACUAGAGCCACAGGCGUACUGAGCACUGUCCUCCCUCAGUCCUCUGAAGCCGUUCAGCAUGUUAUACAGGGGAAUGUGGUCCGGACCAUGCACCGACUGCUUAAGGGAACAGGGCAGACUGCCACUAAGUAUGCCAUUAAGACUCUGACAGUGUGCACUGCUGCCAGUCACUUGGCCCGGGAGGAGCUGGUGAAGACUGAUAAAAAAUUGUCUAUUUUACGCCAUUUGCUGGGUUCCAGCUGUGAUGAGAUGGUGUCAGGAAAUGCAGCCCUGUGUUUGGCUUACUGUCUUUAUUUGGAGGGAACUGCCAGUAACCUGCUGGGCACUGAUAUUGUGCUACUGCUACUGCGUCACGCUGCAGGGGAUGCUAAGAGGACAGCUGUGCAGCAAAAUGCAGCGAUUGCUUUGGGGAAGCUGUGUCAAUCUGAGCCCAGAUUGUGUCCCCGACAGUCCAGACAGAUGGAGAGAAAGAUAAAGGACAUAUGAACAAACUUCGAGAACUUCACGGCCUUGAGAUUCUGCACUCCUGUAUGAAGCUCAUCACAUGAACCCAUGACAGUAACAUGUUUUAUAAUCUUAUUGCUUCUCAUCAGUCUUGUUCUCUGUAUUCUGGUUUAGGAUUAGACGCUUACCAACCCAUUGGGGAAAACAAAAAUUUGCUAAUAAACACUGUGCACCGUAUAACUUAUUUCUUUUUUAAACUUAUCAUUUAUUACUAUUCCAAUCAAUCAUUUUUUUAAUAAUAUGGAUUUUUCUAUUGAAAGAACCUUUAAGGCUAUCUCUAAAUGAGAAAAUCUCCUAAUUGCCUAAUCUACAUGAACAAGGUCAAAAACCUUAACAUUCUUGGCUAUCCUUGUUUUUCAUGCCUUUGUGAAUUUAUAUCAUUAAUUGCCAUGCAUACAGUAUGUGUGGAUGGAGGGUCAAGUGCAGCCAGUUUUACAAUUUUUAUGUAUCUGUUGGUAGAUUCAAAUUUCAUUAAAAUGUACAAAAUAUGUUCACGAAACAAAAUAUUUGUCAUGAAUAUUUUGCUUUUGCUAAGCACAUAAAUAAAUUAUAAGAAUUCACUGUUUAAGCAAACAAGCACCUAGUCUGAAGACUUCACGUGAACAGUGGUACAAUCUGUAAUUAUGGAAUUCUGAAGGACAGAUAUUGAUCAAGCAGCAUUAACAUACUGAUGGGAGAUGAAGUGAGAUGCUGAUUAGAUGGAUGUACUGUAUCCCUGUUGUUUAAGGCGUCAUAGUGUUAUAAUCUGUCAUUUAGUCAUUCGUCUUGACACUCUUUCUCUUAUUUACCAUGAAGAAGUGUGUUAAAUGCAAAUUAUGGAGCAUAUUGCUUGCAUAACAGCUUGUAUUACUGGGAAUCUUGUCAGUCACACCAUUAUGUGACCAUAAUCACAAGUUCUAAUAAAUUGUGUGUUCUAAA